AUGUGGAAGGCUUCGGAGCGCUUGAUGGAUACCAUCGGCCACUAUGCUUCGUUCCCCGCAACAGGCGUCUCCUUAAGACAGAUGGUUCAAUUCGGCCAUAGACCUUCGACAGAUGGUGCUUGUUCUAAUCUGUUUGCUCGCUAUCAAGGAACGUUGUUUCGCGCAUCCCAGUUCCUUUCAGAAGAAUUGCCAAUUCGUUUGGCGCACAGAGUAAAAGAGCUUGGCGAUUUACCAGAUGGGUUGAAUGAUAUGCCAUCAAUAAAAAAGGUGCAGGACUGGUAUGCACAGUCAUUUGAGGAAAUUAUAAGUCUUCCCCGACCAACACUCUCACAAGAAGUCAGAUCACGCCUGCUACGCCCUGGUCGCCUGACUGGCCGUGAACCAAGGCUGUUGGAAGAGGCCACGCAGAAUCCGAGUGUCAAGGAGGGCCAGUAUCGUUCUUCAACUACCUCAAUCCUCCAACAAACCAAAGACUUAUGCAUCAAUGGGAAUGGAAAUGGAAAUGGUAAUGGUAAUGGGAAUGGAAAACAUAAAAUCAGCAGAAGCCGAAGAUAUUUUGUUGCUGCAGACGAUGGCGCUGAAUGGCCGCCAGAGCUCAGAGAUUAUAAUAACCGUUUCGCCUCAACUCUUCAUCACAUCAAGAGAAGACACGACAGUGUUGUUACAACUGUCGCACAGGGAAUUUUGGAAUGGAAGCGGAAAAGACAGAGACUGCAAAUCGAUUCAAACAUACAAUCAUUCUUAGACCGUUUUUACAUGUCGCGUAUCGGCAUACGGAUGCUGAUCGGCCAGCAUAUUGCGCUCACACAACAAACCCAUGAGUACCACCCCAAUUAUGUUGGAAUCAUCUGCACAAGGACAAAUGUCCGUGAACUUGCACAAGAGGCUAUUGAGAAUGCACGCUUUGUGUGCGAGGACCAUUAUGGACUAUUUGAUGCCCCAAAAGUCAGGCUCGUCUGCAAACCAGAUCUGAAUUUCAUGUACGUCCCUGGACAUUUGUCUCACAUGCUUUUCGAGACCUUGAAAAAUUCAUUGCGUGCGGUGGUGGAGACCCAUGGCCCUGAGAGCGACUCGUUUCCAGAGAUUAAGGUCAUCGUUGCGGAAGGCCGUGAGGAUAUAACAAUUAAAAUCUCGGAUGAAGGAGGUGGGAUUCCACGGUCAUCAAUUCCACUGGUGUGGACAUAUAUGUACACCACUGUCGAUCAAACACCAAACCUGGACCCAGAUUUUAAUAAGAGCGAUUUCAAGGCCCCUAUGGCUGGCUUUGGCUAUGGCCUCCCAAUUAGUCGGCUCUAUGCGCGAUAUUUUGGUGGAGACCUGAAAUUGAUCAGUAUGGAGGGGUAA